AAUCACAUUUCAAAAGGAUUUAUAUCCCAUCUACCUGCUCUGAAACAGCCACCAUGGUUCUGGAGGAGAACAACGACUCUGUCUUUGAGCCUCAAAUCACUGAGGAGCACGUGGAGACUCAGUACGGGGACCUUCACUGCAUCUUGACAGGAACCAAAAAAGCAAACCGACCCGUCAUCCUGACCUUUCAUGAUGUUGGACUGAACCAUAAAUCUUGUUUUGAGACUUUGUUCAACCAUGAAGACAUGCAUGAAAUUGUUCGUAAUUUACCCGUUUGUCACGUUGAAGCUCCUGGACAACAUGAGGAAGCUAAGAAUCUCCCCACUGCGUACACUUACCCCACCAUGGACCAGCUCUCUGAGGCUCUUCCCUCUGUCCUCAAUCACUUUGAGAUGAACAGUAUAAUUGGUGUGGGAGUUGGAGCUGGGGCUUACAUCCUGGCCAGAUUUGCACUGAAUCACCCUGAUUUAGUGGAUGGAUUGGUUCUGAUCAACAUUAACCCCAAUGCGGAGAGCCUAAUGGAUACUGUUGCAAACAAGAUUACUGAUUGGACCCUCACUCUCCCAGACAGAGUUAUCACACACUUGUUUGGAAAGGAUGAGAGCCUGACAAAUCAAGACCUUGUGUCAACAUAUCGUCACUACAUCACAACAACAAUGAACCAAUCCAACGUGAGUCAGUUUCUACGUUCCUACAACAAUCGCAACGCUCUGGAGGUAGAGAGGCCUGUCCCUGGAGGGAACGUCAAUGUCAAGACACUCAUGUGUUCAUCCCUGUUGGUUGUUGGGGAUAGUUCUCCUGCUGUGGAUGCUGUGGUUGACUGCAACUCUAAACUGAACCCCACAAAGACCACACUGCUCAAGAUGGCAGACUGCGGAGGACUUCCUCAAGUUGUUCAGCCAGCCAAAGUGAUUGAAGCUCUUAAAUAUUUUAUCCAAGGAAUGGGAUACUUGUCCAGCGCCAGCAUGACCAGACUUCGCUCAAGGACAACCUCCAGCUGCAGCAAUAUAUCAGUCGAUGGCUCUCGAGGCCGCGCACACACCAAUGAGCGUGUACGGGCACAUUCACAUGGCUCCGAGGAGAGGCGCAGGCGUGCACACACUGAUGUCUCCAUGGAGAGUAUUUCUACUCUAAGCCAGAACAUCUCAAGCACAGCUGAACUGGCAUGCUAGGAAGUCAGUGCUACUUGAAUCCUUGCACUUAACGCAGUUCAAAACUUACUAUACCUGCACUUACAUCUUUAUUAGUAAUUUCCUUAAAGUAAUCCAAUCAUCAUAUUUAUUUUGUCUGCCACAUAAAAGAUUAUUUUAUUCUUGAUCUAUUUUUGCCUGUCCAAUGAUGUCCUCUUUUGCAUUAUCUACCAGCUUGUAGCAGUUGUAAGCUUCAUUGUGUUUUUUUUAUUUUUCUCUUUAAUUAAAGUAGAGGAGAAAAUAAUAAAAGUUGUCUGGUCAUUUUUUUCAAAAUGUCUUGGAUUUGUGUACAGUGUUGUUGGAGUUUUUGUCUUUAGGAGUUGUAGUUGCAAUUGUUGUGAAAACUUAGAUAAAAUGUGAAAAAUAAAGGAGAAAAAAGGUCAGACUCGCAGAACUGAAUUGUAAACUCAAUAUUAUUAACUGUAUGAAUGUAAACGGCUGUAGUCAACAGUGUUCACAUAUUGUGGUAAUUUCU